UCUAAAUUUGAAGCGUUAUUCAGUGAAUUUGACUCGUUGCAAGAUGAAAUAGAACAGUUAAACAGUGAUAAUCUAACAUUAGAGUUGUCCGAGCGUGAUCAAAUUGAACAAAGUUUUUAUCAUUGCAUAGCAACUGCUCAAGCCAUUAUUCGCGAGAGUACAUCUUUAGAAGAGGUCGCUGACGUCUCUAAUGUUACAGUUCAACAAUGUAACAAUCAUGAUGAUCAAGAAUCGUUAGGUUUCAGAUUACCUACCAUUCAAAUACCUAAAUUUGACGGAUCUUAUUACAAGUGGUUGGAAUUUCGUGAUACAUUCAACUCUUUGGUUCAUUCUAAUAGUAAAGUAAAUGAUAUUCAUAAAUUCCAUUAUUUGAACUCGUACCUUGAGGGCGAUGCAGCUCGCGUUAUCAGUAAUUUUGAGGUAACUAGCGACAAUUAUGCGGAAGCUUGGAAAAUAUUGUGUGACCGCUAUAAUAAUAAGCGGCAAUUAGUGAACAAUCAUUUAAAGUCACUUUUUAACAUCCAGCCUUCAACGCGUGAAUCUGAAAGGGCCCUAAGAUUUAUUAUUGAUCACGUGACUAAAAACUUGAGGGCUCUAAAUACUCUGGGUCAACCUACUCUCCAGUGGGAUACAUUAAUCAUAUUUAUGGUCACGGCGAAGCUGGAUAGUAAUACUUCUAUUAAAUGGGAAGAACAUAGAAAUUUAUUAUCAGACUUACCCACUUUAAAUGAAUUUUUAAAUUUUCUGAGAAACCGCGCUGACGUUCUAGAAACGGUUCAAAGAAAUAAACAAGAUAAGGAUAGGCAUGCAUCCGAGAACAACAACAUUCCAUUCCGGCAUAAAUCUCAAAGCUCUUUCAUUGUUUCACAAGAACGCCUUCCUUCACAACCGCUUCAAUGUGUCAUUUGUAAAGGUUCACAUCGCAUUUUCGAUUGUAAUUCCUUUAAAAAUAAAUCACCCGAAGAAAGAUUAACGCAGGCCAUAGGUCUUAAGCUUUGCCAUAACUGUCUCAGGCCAGGCCAUCACACACGUCAGUGUAGACUAAACGGAACAUGCCGCAUAUGUAAAAGGCGACAUAAUACAUUCUUACAUCAAAAUAACAUUCAAAAUACAACAACUGAAGUCACAGGUGAAAACAAUGUCACUCCCAGUCAAUCAGAAUCAGUUUCAUUGACGGCUACAUCUUCUAGUGAAACCUUAUUGUGCACCGCUUUAGUAGAUUUAAUAAAUCCAAACACAACCGCAGUUACAACCGUUCGUGCCUUGCUGGACAGCGGAAGCCAGUCUUCUUUCAUAACAGAAAGUCUCAAAUCUAAACUUAAUCUGACUUCUCAGCAUUCCGACACGCACAGCAUCAUAGGUAUUGGAAACACUAAAUUGAGCCUAAAUUCCGAACGAUGUGUCGUACAAUUAAAAUCAAAAAAUGAUUCAUUUAACGUUUUACUUUCUUGCUUAGUCUUGCCUCACAUUUCAGACGGACUACCUAAAACACACAUAAACAUAAAACAUCUUGAUUUGUCAAAUUUUCAAUUAGCAGACCCUACAUUCAAUGUACCAUCGGAAAUUCAAAUGCUUAUAGGCGCCGACCUGUUUUGGGAUUUGAUUGGCUCAAAGCAACACAGUCUAGGUCCCAACAACCCAAUAUUACGCAGUUCCAAACUAGGUUGGUUAAUUUCCGGCCCAAUUAUACAAAAUAAUUCAAAUAAAAAUUCUACAUUUUGCAACUUUGCUAUCUCAAACGCGGAGUUACAUGACGAACUCACUAAAUUUUGGGAACUAGAAACCUUUUAUAAAAAUCAACCUCAUUUAUCUGAGGAAGAAAAACUUUGUGAGCAACAUUUUAUUGCCAACACAGAACGUCUACCUAAUGGUCAGUUUUCAGUUAAAUUGCCUCUAGUCGAUAGCCCGGAUUGCUUAGGCGAUUCAUAUCCAAUGGCCAAGAAGCGAUUUCUCAAUUUAGAAAAUCGUUUCAAUAAACAACCGGAAGUCAAAAAAAUGUACACAGAAUUUAUACACGAGUAUGCCGAAUUAGGUCAUCUUACGGAAAUUGAUACUAAAAAUAUCGGUGACACAUACUUUUACCUCCCCCAUCACCCUGUCAUAAGAGAAAAGAGCGAGACAACACGAUUAAGAACAGUUUUUGACGCCAGCGCCAAAAGUACAUCAGGAUUGUCCAUAAACGACCUCCAAAUGACUGGUCCUAACAUACAAGACUCCUUAUUCAGCAUCCUGAUUCGAUUCAGGCAGUAUAAAUAUGCUCUGUCAGGAGAUAUAGAAAAAAUGUACAGAGCAGUAUCUCUGCAUCAAUCAGAUCGUGACUUACAGCUAAUUCUCUGGCGUGACAGUGAAGACAAACCUUUACAAACAUUACAAUUGAACACUGUCACAUACGGUUUCUCAAGCGCGAGUUUUCUAAGUACGCGCUGUCUUUGGCAGGUAGGUGAAGAAUGCGAGAAUAAAUUUAUUAAAAACAUAAUUCAACACGAUUUCUACGUUGACGACUUGUUAACUGGCUCGGAUUCCGAAAAGGAAUUAAGCGAUAUAAAAGACUCUGUCUCAGAGGCUUUAGCUAAGGGUGGGUUUCAUUUACGCAAAUUUCGCUCGAACUCAUCCAAUUUAUUACCACAUGAUUCAAAAAAUAAAAACUUCAUGAUUAGCUCUACCGACAGUACACUCGGUUUAGGCUGGGACACAUCAUCUGAUCAAUUGAAUUUUCCAUUCAAGGUGGCAUCUAUCGAUGUUGACAACUCUAUUGUCACCAAACGUAGUAUCUUGUCAGCCUCACUUAAAACCUUCGAUCCCCUUGGUUUAUUGUCACUAUUUACAAUAAUACCAAGAAUUCUUAUACAACAGUUGUGGUCAUUAAAGAUAGAUUGGGACAUGCCCGUUCCUGAAGAUAUAAAGAAAGCGUGGAAAACAUUUAUAGACAACUUUAAAUAUUUCGAAAUGUUAAAAUUACCCAGACAAGUAUUGUGUAAUAAUCCAAAAUCGAUUGAAAUGCAUGCAUUUUGUGAUGCAUCUCAACGUGCAUAUGGCGCAUGUGUAUAUAUAAAAUCCGAAGAUUCACAGGGACACGUAGAAGUUCACUUAAUAUCAGCCAAAUCUCGCGUAGCUCCUAUCAAAGCUUCAACUAUUGCCCGUCUUGAACUAAAUGGUGCUUUAUUAGCUGCACAAUUAAGCCAUGCUGUAACUCAAGCGCUUCGUUGCCCAAUAACACGACAUAUUCAUUGGACUGAUUCCACUAUCGUCCUAGGAUGGUUGAAGUUUAAGACAACAACUAGCAAAUUGAAAAUUUUCGUUGCAAAUCGAGUAGCGGAGAUAUUAGAACUUACAGAUCUUUCCUCGUGGCGCCAUGUGCCUACAGCGCUAAACCCUGCAGAUCUAGUAUCCCGCGGCGUAGAUCCCAAGGCCGUGAAUGAAAUCAAACUCUGGUGGGAAGGCCCCUCAUUUCUAUUAAAACCAGAGCAUUGUUGGCCAGACACACAAUCUCAGCAAGAUGAGAUAACUGUUCUACCGGAAGUAAAAGUUCUUUCGGUACAAACCGUUGAAGAACCAUUUUUAUUUCAUCGUUAUUCUAAUUUGAAGGUUCUUCAACGAGUCGUGGCGCAAAUUCUAAGAUUUUACAACAAUUGCAAAUUUCCUAACAAUAAAAUUAACAUUUCAUGUCCAUUGCAAGUCACAGAGCUUGAAAAUUCAUAAAAAACAUUAAUUAAAAUGGCACAGAAAACGUCGUUCAACAGGGAACUAUUAAUUUUAUCUAAAAAUCAACCACUCAGUUCAAAGUCAUCUCUGUCUUCACUUAGCCCCUUUCUUGACUCGGACGGCAUUAUUCGUGUUGGUGGAAGAAUAGCAGCUUCAGAUUAUAGCUACGAUAAGAAACAUCCCAUACUUUUACACGCUAAUCACACUUUGACAAAACUCAUAUUUGAGCACGAACAUGUCAUGUUAAUGCAUGCUGGUCCGCAACACCUUUUAACUUCCAUACGUGAAAGGUUUUGGCCAAUAGGUGGUAGAAAUCUUGCUCGACGCACUGCUCGUUUAUGUUUUAUUUGUCGAAGAGUCAGAGGUAGAACAAUGAAUAACGUAAUGGGCAAUCUUCCAGCAGAGAGACUCACACCUGAUUAUCCUUUUAAUGUAGUCGGCUUAGAUUUUGCUGGUCCAUUCAUGAUAACCGACCGAAAGGGUCGUGGAUGCAAAAUAACAAAAUGUUAUUUAUGUAUAUUUGUAUGUUUCAAAUAUAAGUGUAUACAUUUGGAGACAGUUAGCGAACUAUCUAAAGAUGCAUUUAUCUUAGGUUUAAAGAGAUUCUGUGGACGCCGAGGCAAACCGCGUCAAAUCAACUGUGACAAUGGUACAAAUUUUGUUUCCGCAUGUAAAGAAAUAAAUUCUUUUCUAGAAACCUACAAAGACCCCAUAUUUGAUUUUGCAGCCGAUGAAGGCAUUGAAUUUCGCUUCUCUCCGGCGUACGCUCCUCACUUUGGAGGCCUCUGGGAAGCGGGUGUAAAAUCGGCAAAAUUCCACAUAUCCAGAAUAUUAGGGAAAACUCAUCUAACUUACGAGGAACUAUCUUCUUUGUUCACACAGGUCGAAGCUAUCCUAAAUAGUCGACCUCUUUGCCCCUUAAGCCCCUCUCCUGACGACUAUUCCCCCCUCACUCCCGCUCACUUUCUCAUCGGCAGGCCCUUCACGUCGCUUCCCGCACCGUGCCUGCUGGAGCACAACACCAACCGCCUGGACAGAUACGAGCGGCUCGAACAAUAUAAGCAACACUUCUGGCAGCGAUGGACCAAAGAAUACAUCUGUGAACUCCAACAAAGAACCAAAUGGCGUGUCAAAUGCAAGGAUCUGCAACUGAAUGACUUAGUCUUACUGAAGGAUGACUCACCACCCCUCAAUUGGAGACUUGGGAGAAUCGAAAAACUGUUUCCCGGAUCAGACGGCAUACCACGUGUAGCUGAGGUCGCAACUUCAAGGGGAAUCGUGCGCAGAGCAUUAAAUAAGAUAUGUUUGCUUCCCACACCUGAAGACACUACAGACUCUUGAAAACUUUUAGUUUUCAACGCCCGGGACUAUGUCUACGCCAAUUCAUUCAUUGCUUUUAGUUCAUUCGCUCGCAUAUUACGUUCAAUAAUUAGUUCAUUCAAUAGAUCAAUCACUCACUC